UUCUCCUAUGGAGUUGUUCAGUCAAUGACGGGACGUCGUGUCGAACGGUGGAGAUAGUGAGGAGAGCUUCUGGGGAACCGAUCUGUCUGCAAGAUUUCUCGGUGUGUGUCUGCUGAAGCGUUCACGGUGUCGCCGGUUCUCGGUUUUAGUUUCGCGUGUCCCCCGCGAUUUAUUAUUAAAGAAGAACGUCUUCGACGACUACUUCUUCGUACCGGUUUUACGAAUCGAACCGCUUUUUUCGUUAACAUCAUCGCCUUCGAAAAUAUGCGAAUUCAAAAUAAAAAAGAAAUUCAGUGUUAUUGAAAUUUCUUGAAUAAACUUCUUUUUGAGUAUACAAGACUUUUUUAUCUUUACAUCUUGUAAUCUUAAGAAUUUCAUGUAAUUACUUGAAUUCUGAAAGAACAUUUAAAAAAACAAUUUUGUGAAGUUGUUGAAAUGAAAAACUUAAGUGAUUAUGGAAGAGUUCUAUUAAGAUUAGAAAGAAAAAUUUUAAAAGAAUAAAAGAAAACUGAUAAUAAAUCAGAAAAUCCACCAAAUUUCAAAUGAUCACUAAAUAAACAGAACCAAAACAUCUAAAAACAAUGAUUUUGGUGCUAAAAUCAAUUUUGGUUCUUUACCUAACCACAUUAGCUUGCCAUGGUUAUCACCAUUACAAUUCAAAGACUGAUUACGUAAACUCGAAAUGGAGAAGUAAACAUUCUUCGGUUACAAAACCGACGUAUAGCAACAAUAACCGACAAUGGCACAGCAACCAUCAAAACACUAAUAAAAAUAAUCAUUUUCAACUCGCCACGACGGAAAAGCCGCACAGAAUAAGACACGGAGGGUACUCGGCGGGAUCGAGAUUUAGUAAUUUGGACGGUUUUAUGAACCGUUUAGAUCGCUAUCGAUAUGGUACGGUGAUCACUACGACUUCUACAACGAAAAAACCAAAGUGGGAUUAUCGUAGAACUAAUAGUGGGAGCAGUGUUGAGAGUUUGUGGGGUGAGAGUUAUGAUGAUACGGAUUAUAAUGAUGAUGAUAUUGAGGAUUUUUCUGAAAAUGAUGACGAAAAAUUGAGUAACAACGACGAAAACGAUUACAACGACGAUGAUUUAGACGAUGGUAAAGAUGACGUACAAGCUGAGGAGGCCCCUAAUGAAUCAUCGUUUACUGCAACUAAAUGGCAACAAUAUGGAACGAUGGAUAAAGUUUAUCAAAGUAGAAAGAAACACAUGGAAACUAGCACUGGUUUUGAAUCAACAAUGGUGAUCGAGCAUUUUAAAAAAGUUACCAAAGCAGGUGAAUGUUCAACUCCAGUUGCGAAAGUAAUCGCAAUUCAAAAGGAAUAUCCAAGUCCUGGUAAAUCUUACAUGCCACAUUGUACGAUUUUGCAUCGAUGUUCUGAAGAUACCGGGUGCUGUCAUGAUCCGACGAAACAAUGUGGUCCAAAAAGUCAAACUGUUGUUCAUUUAUAUUUUUACGUUCAAUAUCAAAGAAACACAAAAAUAGAACGAUUAGCUUUUGCAAAUCAUACAGCUUGUGGAUGUAUUGAUAAAAAUCAAUUAAAUGCAACCAAGUUUUCUAUUGAUCAGUUAAACACGAUCGAUUCGCCGAUGAAUGUCAUUAAAAAUGAAUAUACACUGAGGUGCAAAUGCCCAUCAGAAUAUGUUCCACAUUAUCACGCUUCUCAAUGUAAAUGUGUUUGUGUCGAAGGAAACGUCGAUUGUGAUCGAAUGAGGAAAGGAAAAGAGUAUAUUUCAUUGACAGAUAGAAUAUGCAUUAACAAAGAUCAAUGUACAAAACCAACUUGUGAAUAUGGAAAUUAUUUAAAUGAUGUUGGAAGAUGUCCGAAGAAACAAGAAAAAUAAGUUUAAAAAAACUGUCUUAGUGUCAGUGUAGUCAAUGUGCUUUAAGAAAAUAUUUAUAUUGAAAGAAAGUAGAGACUUAUUAAAAAAAAAUAAUUAAAAAGAACAUAUUAAAAUGUUUAAAACGUUCUAAAACAAAUAAAUUUAAGUGAUAAUGUACCGAUCUGAUUAAAUAGUAAAUUAUAUUAUAUUGUUAGAGAGUAGAUAUCAAAAAACGGAAAUAAAAAAUUAAUGCAA